AUGGAUCCAUUUUUGAGUAUAGAAGAACUUGCCCGAGAAUUCGAUACACCGAAUUUAACUGAUUGGAAAUUAUUUGCACAAAAUUCAUCUUUAAGUUGUUAUCGACGAACAAAUCAAAAAUUAUUUUAUUACAAAUUUUUCCACCAUCUUCCUGAUAUAUCGCCAGAUGUUCUACAUAAUGUCGUACUCGAUGUUGAAUAUCGAGUCGUUUGGGAUAAAUACCUUAAAGAAGGAAGAAAGAUUAAUGAUGGAGAUAAAAAUGGCAUUUAUUGGUUAUUGUCUAUGCCAUUAUUCAUGAGCAAUAGAGAUUAUACAUUUGUACAAGAAAAAGGUGAAUAUGAUAUUGGUGAUCGACAUUUUUACUAUGCUUCAACACACUGUGAAGAAUUUAAAAAUGAAUUACCCAGAAAAAAAAUUAUUCGAAUCGAAAAUUGUCAAUCACAAACAAUAAUUUGUACAGAUGGUGCCGAAGGUUCGAAAGCGGUAAUCUUGUAUUCUGAAGAUCCACGUGGUAGUUUUCCUAAAGCAGCUUGGAGUUGGGCUGCAAAAUUUGGAAUUCCAUUAUAUGCGAAAUUAACACAUAAUGCUUGUAAGACAUAUCCACAAUGGAUUAAAGAUAAAAAAAUAAUAGUACCAAAUGUGAUUGAAGAUGAUGCUGAUAGUGCGGCAGAAGAAACAGCUGCUGCUGCUGCUGCUGCUGCUAUGAUAUCACCAGAAGAUAGUGUCGCUGAUAAUGAUGACUGUCACAACUAA